CCGCCAACCUUCCUAACGAUGCGGGUGCAGGCUCUCCAGGCAGGGCGGCCCCUUAAUUUCGGGGUCUGCCAACGCGCCUUUACACGACCCUCCAAGAUCUUGAGCAGGCGACAUCUGGCCACCGCCCACUCUGGCAUACCCCACCCCCACAUAGACAUUGCCUCCCGAACACCUCUAUACCAAAAGCUCGUCAAGAAGCUACACGAAGUCCGAAAGGUGCUUGGGCACAGCAGGCAAUUGACCCUCGCCGAGAAGAUUCUGUACUCGCAUCUGGAUAAUCCUGAAGAGUCACUCCUCACGAACACCCAGAAUGGCGCGAACAUUAGGGGCACGGCAAAUCUCAAGCUCAAGCCAGACCGAGUGGCUAUGCAGGAUGCAUCGGCUCAGAUGGCAUUACUACAGUUCAUGUCCUGUGGACUACCUUCGACAGCAGUCCCUGCAAGCAUACAUUGCGAUCACAUGAUUGUUGGAGAAAAGGGUGCAGAUACAGAUUUGCCGGCUUCGAUUAAGGGAAACAAGGAAGUCUUUGACUUUCUGGAGUCCGCGGCAAAGAAAUAUGGGAUCGAGUUCUGGCCUCCUGGAGCGGGUAUCAUCCAUCAGAGUGUGUUGGAAAACUACUCGGCCCCUGGAUUGAUGAUGCUAGGAACGGAUAGCCAUACUCCCAAUGCAGGUGGUCUGGGUGCAAUUGCCAUCGGUGUUGGUGGAGCUGAUGCUGUAGAUGCGCUCGUGGAUGCCCCAUGGGAAUUGAAGGCUCCCAAGAUACUAGGCGUUGAGCUUGUUGGAGAACUCAGCGGAUGGUCGUCACCUAAGGAUGUGAUCAUGUACCUAGCUGGCCAACUAACCGUGAGAGGUGGCACUGGAUACGUGAUCGAAUACUUCGGACCUGGCGUCGAAACGCUCAGCUGCACCGGAAUGGCCACAAUAUGUAACAUGGGCGCUGAAGUUGGCGCAACAACCUCUCUGUUCCCGUUUUCCGCGCAACACGUGCCCUACUUGGUGGCUACUCAUCGCGAACCCAUUGCUAGAGCGGCACAAGCCAUUGCAUCAGCACCUUCUGUCCAGAACCUUCUGCGUGCUGACCCUGAUGCUCAAUACGACAAGGUCAUCGCAAUUGAUCUCUCAACGCUCGAACCGCACAUCAAUGGUCCCAUGACACCCGACCUCUCAACUCCCCUGUCCAAAUUCGCAUCAGUAGUUGAGGAAUACAACUGGCCAAGAACGUUUGGUGCGGGUCUCAUAGGCAGCUGCACAAACAGCUCGUAUCAAGACAUGACCCGAGCUGAAGAUCUUGUUAAACAAGCAUCAGCAGCGGGUCUCUCUCCCAAGGCUGACUUCUUCAUAACGCCAGGUAGUGAGCAGAUCCGUGCAACUCUGGAUCGAGAUGAUACCCUUUCGACUUUUUCUUCUGCAGGUGGAACUAUUCUCGCUAAUGCGUGUGGCCCUUGCAUUGGACAAUGGAAGCGGACUGACGGCGUGAAGAAAGGCGAAUCAAAUGCUAUCUUCACCUCGUAUAACCGCAACUUCCGAGGUCGCAAUGACGGUAAUCCGUUGACGAUGAAUUUCCUCGCGUCUCCUGAGCUCGUCACUGCCAUGUCUUACGCGGGCUCAACUACAUUCAAUCCAAUCACGGACACUCUCCCCACACCAUCAGGCACACCGUUCCGUUUCUCCCCUCCCAAAGGCUCUGAUCUUCCAGCGGCAGGUUUCGCAGAAGGGAACCCGGAGUUCUUCGCUACGCCGGGCGUACCAACUCCCUCCGAGGAAGUUAAGGUGGACCCCUCCUCAACCCGCCUUGCGCUUCUAGACCCAUUCCCGCCGUUCCCUAAUUCCGAACUCGCCGGCCUUCGUGUUCUUUACAAGGUGAAGGGCCAAUGCACAACAGAUACCAUCUCAGCCGCAGGUCCAUGGCUCAAGUACAAAGGCCAUCUCCCCAACAUAUCGGAAAAUACCCUUAUUGGGGCCAUCAAUGCUGCCACCGACGAAGUCAACACGGCCUACGACGUGGACGGCACUACAUCCGGCAUUCCAGAUCUCGCAAAGCGCUGGCGCGACGCUGGAAUUGAAUGGCUAGUCGUCGCUGAGCACAACUACGGCGAGGGUAGUGCACGUGAACACGCCGCGCUGCAACCGCGCUACCUAGGCGGUCGCGUUAUUCUCGCGAAGUCGUUUGCACGCAUCCAUGAGACGAAUCUGAAGAAGCAGGGUGUGGUGCCCCUUAUUUUUGUCAAUGAGACAGACUACGAUCUCAUCGACGCAUGCGAUGAUGUUACCACAGUGGGCUUGCUAGAUGUGCUGAAGAGCGGCGGGAAGGGCAGUGUGGAGCUACUUGUUAAGAAGAAGGGGGGUAGCGAGGUGAGGGUGCAGACCAAGCACACACUGAGUGGCGAUCAAUGUGGGUUUAUUAUUGCAGGGAGCGCGCUGAACCUGCUAGCUAUGAAAGGCAAGGAGGGGAGAGAAGAGGUCACAAGAGAGAAUGAAUUGACCGAUUAGAUACCUGGCUCCUAAUUUACGAGGUUGUAAACGUUACAUUCUGUCUUGAAUUAAAUAAGUAGGCUGGAGGACUUCAGACGGCGCUAUUACACCGGCAAAGUGCCUAAGCACAGCACCUGAUUCUAUCGUGCUAGCAGUAUGUAUAGAUAUCAGGCUGUAGAUCUCACCAUUGAGUCCUUCAGAUAAUAGUCGUUGAUGAGAGGCUUCAACAGUACAAAAAUAACUCCUCGCGGGCCUAUCUAAUUCCAGAGGUCGUAAACAUUACACCCUAUCCUGAAUGAAAGCAAUAGGCUGGAGAACCUCUAACGG